CCGCGAACGCUAAGAGCUGCAAGCGUCGCAGACCUCGGGGCUUCUUCCGUGUUGUUGUUGUUUUUGCAGGACUCUUCCCAGCUCAGGAUCAAUUGCCACGCGGAGAGAGAGGAGAAGGGAGAGUCUACGGUUCCGGGUACCUGACGUUUCGCUUAAGCGGCCAACAGAGGUCGCACGGAGCGGGGGACAGGAACCCCGGCAUGGGCAACUCAGCGCGGAAAGGCAAAGUUGUCCAGCAGGCACCUGAAGAGCAGCGGAGCAGCACCACGCCCUUCGAAGCCACCAAAAAUGCUACUCAGAAGGCAUUCCAAAUUCAUGGCAAAGGAAAAAAUGUGGAGGCUGCUAUUAAUAAGAAAGAUUGGAAGUUAGCGAUCCAGACACUCAUUGAUGAAAACAGUGUCAUGAUUUUCAGCAAUACCACUUGCAAACUCUGUGCAAAGGUGAAGGAUCUGUUCAACUCCAUGGGUGUUUCUUAUUUCGUUCUUGAACUUGACCAAAUUGAGCAUGGGCAACAACUGAGAAACGCGCUCUUUGAACUCACGAUGGAGCCUUCCUUGCCUGCCGUGUUUGCCCGAAAGCAGUACGUAGGCGGCUACGACCGGACGGUGAAGGCACACCGUGAAGGAGCUUUUCUUAAACUACUUGAAGGAAACUGGCAAACGAAACAAGCUUCAUAUGACUAUGAUCUGAUUGUCAUUGGAGGAGGUUCUGGUGGACUGGCAGCUUCAAAGGAAGCAGCCAUAUUUGGCAAGAAUGUAUUGGUUCUGGAUUUUGUCGUCCCUACUCCUUUAGGAACAACAUGGGGUCUUGGAGGAACUUGUGUAAAUGUAGGCUGCAUCCCUAAAAAGCUGAUGCACCAGACAGCUUUGCUUGGGCAAGCCAUCAAAGAUGCACCUGCAUUUGGGUGGCAGCUGGGUGACAAACCCAUAAAGCAUAGCUGGAGCUCUUUGACAGAAGCUGUCCAGAAUCACAUUGGCUCUCUGAAUUGGGGAUACAGAGUGGCCCUCCGAGAGAAAAAGGUCACAUAUGAAAAUGCUUACGGAGAGUUCAUUGGACCACACACAAUUAAGACAACAAAUAAUAAAGGAGUAGAGAAAAUUUACACAGCAGAAAGAUUUCUGAUUGCCACUGGAGAAAGACCUCGCUAUCUCAACAUUCCAGGAGACAAAGAAUAUUGCAUCACCAGUGAUGACCUCUUCUCACUGCCUUACUGCCCAGGAAAAACAUUGGUGGUUGGAGCUUCUUACGUUGCUCUUGAAUGUGCAGGAUUUCUUGCUGGGCUUGGUUUAGAUGUGACUGUCAUGGUGCGUUCCAUUCUCCUGAGGGGCUUUGAUCAGGAUAUGGCAAAUAAAAUAGGAGAGCAUAUGGAAGAGCAUGGUGUAAAGUUCAUAAGAAAAUAUGUGCCCACAAAGAUUGAACAGAUUAAGAAAGGAACUCCUGGAUUACUAAAAGUUACAGCUCAGGCUACAGAGAACUCUGAAAUAAUUGAAGGAGAAUACAACACAGUGAUGCUAGCAAUAGGAAGAGAUGCCUGCACAAAAAAAAUUGGCCUACAGAAAGUUGGAGUGAGGAUCAAUGAAAAUACAGGAAAAAUCCCUGUUAAUGACAAGGAACAAACAAACGUGCCUUACAUCUAUGCUAUUGGAGAUGUCCUGGAGGGCAAACCAGAACUCACCCCCGUGGCAAUUCAGGCGGGAAGGUUGUUGGUGAGGAGGCUUUAUGAUGGAGCAUUCACAAAGUGUGAUUAUAUAAACGUCCCCACUACAGUAUUCACACCUUUGGAAUAUGGAGCCUGUGGUUAUUCAGAAGAAAAAGCAAUUGAAAGAUUUGGCAAUAAUAGGAUUGAGGUUUACCACAGUUACUUCUGGCCACUGGAGUGGACAGUCCCAUCCCGGGACAACAACAGAUGCUAUGCAAAAAUUAUUUGCAAUCUUGCAGAUAGGAAUCGAGUUAUUGGUUUCCAUGUGCUUGGUCCCAAUGCUGGAGAAAUUACACAGGGAUUUGCAGCAGCCAUCAAAUGUGGAAUAAGGAAAGAACAAUUGGACAGCACAAUAGGAAUCCAUCCAGUCUGUGCGGAGAUAUUCACUACACUGUCGGUGACAAAGCGCUCUGGUGGAAAUGUUGCUCAGUCUGGAUGCUGAGGUUAAAGUCACCUGCUGUUUGCCAUUGCCAAAGACUGACUUUCAUCAUGGUUGCAACCUUCAGAAGUCCGCAGCCUGGGGCAUAAGAACCAUUAAGACCUACGUUCCCUCAGCUUCAGCUGGCAGAGGAGCAGACGAAGAACACUGAAAGCUGCAAAUUAAUUGUGAUGAUUGCACGGCAACUGGCAUGACAGCAGGAUAGGCCCAUGAUCAAGAUGCUGCUGGCAAAGCAUUGGCAAGAUGCUUCCAUGAAGUCGUAGCCUAAAACCAGUUUCUCUGGUAGGCAACGAUGGAACAAUUGCCAGCACAGCUUGAAACUCUUUCCCUCAUUGAAAUAAAGAGACUUAGCUUCACUUUUGUGAUUUUUACAGACCCUCCAACAACACAAAUCUAUCUGGAUCUUCUACAGAAACAAAUGACCAAGUUCUGAAGAAAUAAAAGUGUUUCUAAGAUGAAACAGCAGAUCAUUGUGCCCUCUCAAAUUCUGUAAAAUUGAAAAGGAUGCCGUGUCACUGUUAUUCAUGGUUUAGAAACUGUGCUGUAUCCCUGAUGCUAAUUACACUGAGUCAUUUCAACAGAAAAAAAUCCCCCCCUCCAUCAUCAAAGCAAACCGUGUCUGAAUUAUUUAUAUAAAAGACUAUAUAGAAAGAGAUUUAUAAAUGUGUUCCUGAAAGCUUUUCUGGUUCAUAAUGUUC